AUGUCCGAUAAUCAGCAUGGUAACCCAUCCUUGGUCCUCAACAAGAUUGACGAUUUGUCGUUUGAAGACUUGUCAAUUCCCCAAAUCAAAGAACCAACUGAUGUCAUUGUCGAAGUGAAAAAGACUGGAAUUUGCGGUUCGGAUAUUCACUAUUACGCACAUGGUAAAAUCGGACAGUUUGUCUUGAGAAAGCCAAUGGUCAUGGGCCAUGAAUCGUCGGGUGUGGUUAGCAAAGUCGGUCCAAGUGUCAAGCAUUUAAAAGCUGGUGAUAGGGUUACUAUUGAACCGGGCGUUCCAUCGAGAUAUAGUGACGCCUACAAGUCCGGCAAGUACGAAUUGUGUCCUUGCAUGAGCUUUGCCGCUACUCCGCCAACAAACCCAGAAGACGAAACUGCUCAGGGAACCUUGUGUAAGUACUACAGAGCUCCAGCCGAUUUCCUUUACAAGCUACCAGAGAGUGUCAGUUUGGAACUAGGAGCCAUGGUUGAGCCAUUGAGCGUUGGUGUCCAUGCCAUCAAACUAGUCAACUUGUCCUUUGGGGAAAACGUGGUCGUUUUUGGUGCCGGCCCUGUUGGAUUAUUGGCUGCAUCUGCCGCAAAGGUUUACGGAGCACAAAAUGUUAUGGUUGUGGACAUUUUCGAUGACAAGUUGGAAUUGGCCCAGGAGAUUGGCGCUGCCACACAUGUUUUCAACUCGAAAACCGGUGACUACAAAGACUUGAUUAAAGCUUUCGGAGAUGUUAGACCUGAUGUCGUUUUGGAGUGUAGUGGCGCUGCUGCAUGUAUCAAAUUGUCGGUUCAGGUUGUCGCUGACGGAGGGAGAAUUGCCCAAAUUGGUAAUGCCGGUGGCGACGUUCCCUUCCCAAUUAUUGAAUUUGCCACCAGAGAGAUAACCUUGUUUGGCAGUUUCAGAUACGGUUACGGUGACUAUGCGACUGCAAUCAAAAUCUUGGAACAAAACUACGGCCGUGGAAAAGAACACAUUUUAGUUGACUUUGAGAAAUUGAUCACAAACAGGUUCCCCUUUGAUGACGCUAUCAAGGCCUACGAUACCGUCAGGGCAGGAAAAGGUACUGUCAAGUGUAUAAUUGAUGGUCCAAAGUAG